AUGUCGAAAAAACGCCGCCACGGUUCGUCUGGUGACGACGUCGAUGGUGAACCAAUUCCUUCGGAUCCAGAAGAAUUCAAAAGUGAAACAGCAUUGAAACGGCAAAAAUCCAGGCAUGAACGUUCCAAGAAUGGAGGGGAGAAGAAAAGCGAAAAGAAGACCGAUAGGAACACGUCGGAAAAGAGAAGAAGGGAUCGCAGUUCGUCAAAAAGUGGCUCAUCCAAUUCAUCACGUUCAGAUUCGAAUAGUUCUGAUUCUGAAGGUACUUUGUUUCACUGA